UUCUCCAAUUACAGUUAUCCUCUACUGGCUCCUGCAGGCUGUGGCUCACUGCGUUACAAUACAGGACACGUGUUACCUUCUCAUUUUAGUGCGCUGUUGAGUUGCGUGGACGGACUGUGACUUGAGAGGGCUCUGGCAAAUCAUUGACCGACAGGAGAUAAUUUAACUACUGCAACUCUGUCUGUGACCCACAACAUCCAAACACUCUCGCUGGUGACAGACAAUAGGUGAUGAAGUCAAAAUGCAAUUGAUAACUCUCAGCUUUGUCUUUGCACUAUGGUUGUGUACACUCAGCUUUGUGAAAGGUCAAGGUUGUCUCCGAAAGGAUGUUUUAGGGAUUGCUGGAACUAAAAACGUGGACAUUUCCAACCUAGAAGACACUGAAAGUGGCAAAACAGUGAGGUUGCCCUGCGCUAUUGGCUACGUAGGAUUCGUUAGACUCAAAUGCGACAAUAAAGGAUGGAGUCAAGAUGGUGGUCGAAUAUGUGAACCUAAGUCAUGUGGACAUCCAGGAGACACACCAAAUGGAGACUUCCGUCUUUCGAUUUUGGACGAUUUUGUCUUUGGAGCUCAAGUUCUGUACGAAUGCAGAAAAGGUUACCAAAUGGUGACCAGGACCAGACAUCGGACCUGCGUGGAACAAGGCUGGGACAGCGCACUCCCUAUAUGUGAAGCAUUGAAAUGCCCAGUGAUUCAAGCCAACGACGACGUUGUGGUCAUCGGAAACAGUGAGGAUGCAACCUAUGGAAAUGUGAUCCAGUUUGAGUGCCAAUCAAAUCGCAUGGUACUCAAGGGAUUGUCUGAGAUGGACUGCAACGACAAAGGAGAAUGGAGCAGCACUGUCCCAACAUGUGAAGUGAUUAAAUGUUACGCUCCAGACAUAGCUAAUGGUGCAGUGAUCGGGCCCCCUAGGGACGAUUACAAUGAAGAUGACACACUGAAAUACAGCUGUAACACAAAUUAUGUUAUGUCUCAGAGAAGAGCCUCUAAAUGCACUAAAAUGGGCAACAUAGCCAACUGGAGUCCAACACCAGAGUGUGAAGAAGUGAAAUGUAAAUUAUCAUUGCCACCAACAAGAGGAACCAGUUACACACCUGCUGGCAGAAAUCUGUUCUUGCCUGGUGAAAGGCUGAAGGUGACCUGUACCUCAGGAUUCUGGAACUUUUUCUCACGUCAGACUGAAGAUACAAUAACAUGCAAAGGGGACGGACAAUGGUCAUCUUCUACAACAGAUUGUGAACGGAUAACAUGUGGUGAUCCACGUGACCCUCUUGUGAGUUCUCCCCAACGCUGGCAGCGGGGUCAAUUGAGAGAAACUCAGCGUUACAACUGUAGAACCGGAUUUAAAACCACAAAUACCCGGGGUGUUGCCACAUGCACAAGUGAUGGCUCCUGGACUCCAGAACCACUCUGUGAAGAGAUAACAUGUGACAAGCCAGAUAUCCUAAAUGCUGUGAUUAAAGACCCGAAAACAAGAUACAAAAUCAAAGAUGCGCUCACUUAUGAGUGUAAGAUGAAUUAUGAACUAUUGGACAGUACUACCAGACCUACUGCUACCUGUACAACAAAUGGCUGGACCAAGACACUUGGCUGUAAAGAAAUAGAGGGAGCAUGUAUCAAUCCCACUGUGAUGAAUGGAUUCAUAGUGUUGAAUCAUAGUGUGAUGGAUGAUCCCAGGAAUAGCAAGAUACACUAUUCCUGCAAUGAAGGGUUCAAACCCUCUACCGGGGGUUGGUGGGGUGAAGCCACAUGUACUGAUGGAACAUGGUCUGGAAUAUUAGAGUGUAUUGAUCAAUCACAAUGUGGCCAAUUCCCUGUCAUUCCCAACACAAAGGUACCUCACAAAGAAGUCUAUAACAAUAAACAAACUGUUAAAAUUGAUUGCAAAGAUGGAUACACAUCUGAAAAAAAGACUAUAAAAUGUAAGGACGGAAAAUGGCAAACACCGUUACCAGCUUGUAGACCGCAAGGCAUUAUAUGUGAUCCUCCACCUAAAGUUGAAAAUGCAAUUGUUGAAAUCCCGUAUCAAAAUAAAUAUAGAGAUGGAUUUGAAGUGAAUUAUGAAUGUCGCAAGUCCUUUGAAAUAGAGGGACUUAAAAAACUUACUUGUGAAAAUGGGAAUUGGACAACUCCACCACCAACAUGCAAACAGUACUGUGGUAAGCCUGAGGGUGCAGGGAGGAGAAUGCCGCUGGUUCCUGAUCGAGAGCGUUAUGAAAAUGGGGCCCAAGUAGAGUAUGGAUGUCUUGCAACUUGUAAGAACGGAGAGUGGGAUAAGAGCAUCAAGGGCAAAGAUUACUGUAGUAAACCUGAGGGUGCAGACACCAGAAUGCUGCUGAUUCCUGACCGAGAGAGAUAUGAAAAUGGGGACAAAAUAGAUUAUGGAUGCCUUAGCGGCCCAAACACAGGCUCAAGAGGAAAAGCAACUUGCAAGAACGGAGAGUGGAGUAAGACAAUCGAGUGUCAAGUGACCUGUCCCCCAGCCCCUCCUAUUAAUAAUGGAGAUCACACUGUCAAAGAGAGAGAUGGUGAAGGCGUUAUUACAGAGGUUUCCUACCAAUGUAACUUGGAUUAUACACUGAGUUUCACAGGCAGCAUCAGAUGUCUGAAUGGAGAAUGGCAGACCCCACCAAAGUGCCUACGUCCUUGUGAGAUUCACACUUUUAAACCAGAGUACCAUCUGCAAGAUUUACCCCAAAUAAUGUACAUGGAACACGGUGAAAAAAAGACUCUUCGGUGCAAACAUGGAUAUUACCAUAAACAUGCACCUGAAAGCAAUACAGCAGAAAUUGAAGUGGAGUGUAAUGAUGGAGAGAUAAACUAUCCAUUUCCAAAAUGCAUUGCAAGCUGUCCUGAUCCUCCUCCCAUUAGUAAUGGAGAUUUCACCAUGGAAAAGAGAGAUGUUGAAGGUAUUAUUACAGAGGUGGCCUAUCAAUGCAGCAGACAGUAUACACUGAGUUUCACAGGCAGCAUCAAAUGUCAGAAUGGAAAAUGGCCGAGCCCUCCAAAGUGUUUACGGCCUUGUGAGAUUUCCAUUUUUGAUGCAGAGUACAAUCUACAGAAUUUACCCAAGAAAGAGAGUAUUGCGCACGGUGAAAAAAAGACUCUUCAUUGCAAAAAGGGAUAUUACCAUGAAUACAAACGUUUUGUACGGAAAAUAGAAGAAAUUGAGGUGAAGUGUGAUGAUGGAGAGAUACAGUAUGGAGAACACAUACCUAUAUGUAGCCAUCGUAGGUAGAUGAUGAACAUAAUGGAGUCAUGAUGUUCCCUCCAUCAAAUUCAAGAAUCCUUACAAAGCCGCCUUUAUAUGCAAGGAGAAGACCCAUUUGCUUUUGUGGUGUCUUAGUCGCUUGUUUAAUUUAGGUUUAGAAAAAAUGUGAGCCAGCCAGUAAUGGAAUACAUGUAGUGUCUUUUUCAACAUUUGACAUUUUAUCAUCAUUGAAACAAAAUAACAGUAUCUUUCAAAGCAUAUCAGUCUCAGCUUCACUAUAAUAACAGUACAGCUAUCUAAAGCUAGACUAAAAUGGUACAUUUGUUGUAUUAGUACAAAGUGAUGUGAUUGUGUGAAUAUCCUUCUAUCAAGUUUAUAAAUUGCCUGGCUGGGCUGAUGAGACAGUGGAUUGCGCAGUCAGUUGGAACAGAGUAAAUAGGCAUUUUAACAUCAUAGAUUUAGCCGGUGGUAGCUUGUGGAAUAGGCACCGGCUGGAAUGCGGUUUUAACCAAUCAGAAUUCAGGAAUAGACCAACACGCUCUAUAAUGUGUGAAUAUUCUCCUGUAUCUCCCAGCUGUGUGAUUCAUUAUCUGAAGGUGUAAUAAGUGAACAACUGUUGUUAUGAUUGUCCUUAUCAAGGAGGACAAUAAAGUUAUGGAAAAGAGAUGA